UUCCACGUCAUCCUGUAGCCUGAUUGCCGUUUGACUUGUUGCAGCUGGUCACCACCCUUCCCCUCCCUCCCCAAAUCCCUCGUGCUCCUCAUGCGCGCCUCUCUGCCCUAUGGGGAGGGAGAGAAGUCGGUGGCGUUGUUGAUAAGUAUUUGGACUUCGAUCUCCUUCCUCCCUCGUUUCUCCCCUCGCAGAAUUCCAGGGUUGGGGUUAGGGUUUCAUAGAUUCAUCCUCUUAGUGUUCUGAGAUCCAAUCCUCUCUGGAGAGACGACGACGACGAAGAAGAAGAAGAAGAGAAGCAGCUUAAAUGGAGUAGAAGGAGAACGAUCUCCUCUCCGUUCUUCUAGGAUCAAUAUUCUUGGAAGGAGCUCGGAAGAUCUCAUUUUUAGGUUAUCGGAGGGAAAUGGGGGAGGAGAAGAGGUCGGAGCGGAUGCCGUGCGACUACUGCAGCGAGGCGGCGGCGGUGCUCUACUGCCGCGCCGACGACGCCCGUCUCUGCCUCUCGUGCGACCGCCAGGUUCACGCCGCCAACGCCCUGGCCCGGAAGCACGUCCGCUCCCUCGCCUGCGACAACUGCGGCGCCCAGCCCGCCGCCGCCUGCUGCGCCGCCGACGGCCUCGCCCUCUGCCCCGACUGCGACUGGGACGCCCACGGAGGCGCCACCGUACACCCACGGACCUCCCUCGAGGGCUUCUCGGGCUGCCCCUCCGCCCUCGACCUCGCCGCCUCCUGGGGCGUCGAUCUCGCCGCCAAGGAAGCCGCUUCCCCUCUCCACUCCGCCCCCAACCAGCUGUUCUCCGACUGGCCCUCGCUAGAUUCGAUUCUCGCCGGAGAUCCGGUAUCGCGGGAGCUCUACGUGCCCUGCGCCCCGGAGAUCCAUGCCGGGCCGAAGCGCCAGAAGAGCCCGGUCGGAAAGCAGGCGCUUUUCCAGCAGCUGACAGAGCUGGUUAAGAUGGACUCGGCGGCGGCCUCGAGGCCGCCCGACCUGAGCCCGAGGACGCCGUGCCGGACGGUCGCCGGAGGGAGCGAAGACGACCGGGGCUCGUCGCAGCCGAUGCCGUACACCUCCUUGCUCAUGCUGGCCCCCUCGGGGUGCGCUGAGCUGAAGGGGAGUGAUAGGCUUGUGGAGGAUGAGGAUCUGCUGUGGGACUGCGGUCCAACAGAUCAUUCCACUCAGAUAUGGGAUUUUAAUUUAGGAAGGUCAAGGGAUCACAUUGAAUCUUCUUCACUUGAAAUCGGAUACGGUACAAGCAGUGGAGGUUUUAUUAUCAAAAGUUGCAAUGAUCUUCUCAUGGAGAAUUCCUUUGCAACCACAAAGAUCUUGAAAGACAAAUACAACACAAAUUGCCCUUCAGCAAAUGAAGAUAUCUUGCCUUCUAACAUCUGUCACAUACCGUCUCAGAAUUUGAGCACAGUAAACACAACCAGCAAAUGGAAAAGUAAUUCAAAUAAUUCAGCAAUCAAUGGACCAGCAGCCUCUGGCAACAAUGCAUCAGUUACAGUUCGGCCCUUGUGUUCCUCUUCGCAAGAUCCUGGACCUGGUGGCAGCACCAGACAAAUUUCCUUUGGCAAACAGCUCCUAGGAAAUGAGACAGUGAAAGCAACCACGAAAGCUGAUAGCGAGUUGCUGGCCCAAAAUAGGGGAAAUGCCAUGUUACGGUACAAAGAGAAGAGGAAGACUCGCAGAUAUGAUAAGCAUAUCCGUUAUGAGUCCAGGAAGUUAAGAGCAGACACCAGGAAGCGAGUAAAGGGUCGUUUUGUGAAGUCUACUGAAGCUGUCGAUGUUGGAAAUGGUGGUUAAAUGGGUCUCUGAUGGAGCCAACUUCAGCUGUAUAUAUCACUUGUGUUAGUGUCUUUGAUGAAUUUGUUUAGAGUUAAGCAAUUUGUUAUUGCUUAAAUGCUGUUUGUUGUAACAUGGAUUCAUCCCCAGGUAUUCCUAAAUCUUGAUCAGCAGGCGCUGAUUUAUGGGUAGCAGAAGUUCCUCCUUGAGUUUGAGUGGUUCUUGUUUUAAGCCGUACUGUUUUAUCUGCCUUCAGUGGAAUUGGCUGUGAAUUAUUAUUAUUAUUAUUUUGCUGA